AUGGCGACAGCUUCAAAGGAUCCACCGACCAAGUUCGGCGUCGUCCUGUUCCCGGGAUUCCAAUCGCUCGACGUCUUUGGGCCCGUCGACAUUCUCAACUUUCUGUCCAAGGGGCGAGACGAGCUGCGGUUUUCCAUGCUCGCCGAGACCCUAGACCCCGUGUCCACGGCGCUCGAGCCGGGCGGCUUUGGCCAGUCGGUCAUGCCCACGCACACGUUUCGGGACGCCCCCGAGGACAUUGAGGUGGUGCUGGUGCCCGGCGGAAUGGGCACGAGACGUGACGAUGUCAUUGCUCCGUCGGUCGAGUACGUGAAGCGCGUGUUUCCAAAAGUUCGAUACUUUUUGACCGUCUGUACUGGUUCUGCGCUGGCGGCAAAGGCGGGAGUGCUCGACGGAAAGAGAGCCACGAGCAACAAGUUGGCAUUUGAAUGGGUCAAGUCAGUAGGACCAAACGUCGACUGGGUGCCCAAGGCUCGGUGGGUGACGGACGGCAACGUAUGGACAUCGUCGGGCGUGUCGGCAGGAAUCGACAUGAUGUUUGCCUUUGUUGCUGAUCGGUAUGGAGAAGAUGUGGCGGAGGAUAUUUCCAUCCGCUCUGAAUAUCGUCGCAAUCCGGACUCGACUGAUGAUCCUUUCGCAAAAAGUGCCAGCUAG